AUGCCGAUCCACAAUGUCGUCGCCGAAUGCGUCGCGGACGCCCUGCGUGCAUUGCCAAAAGCGUCCUUCCAAAUCCGCGUAAUCCAGACUGCGGAUCAUCCGGUCUCAUCGCUGACGCCGCAGAAACAUCACACGUCGCAUUUCUACUCGACCACCGCCUUCGGGCGCCGCAUACUGGUAAUCGUCAGCCAGAACGGCACAAUGGUCGCGGCGCUGGAGGCCCACGAGUUCACCACAGUGGUGGCGGAGGUCACGCCGCCCAGCACGUCGGUCAGUGUCGAUGCAUGCAUCGAAAAGCUCGACACAUCCGGGGCGCAGUCCGAGCGCAUGCCGCUAGCGCGCGCGCUGGUGGCUGGAUACACGGCCUCACUCCGGCGCUACAUGGGGGUGGGCAUGCGGCCGCACAUAACAUUGUCGCUGUUUGCCCGAGCGCAGCCCGAGUAUUUGUUUGCCCGAUCGCAGCACAACACGGCCAAACGGAUUCUCGGCGACCUCGACCUAAUAAAGUGGUGGAUGCGGACGCUGCAGUUUGCCAUCACAUGCACGCCCAGCCACACAGCCGUGGCUCAUUGCAUUGUGCCUGGCCUGGACGCAAGCGAAGCGCCGUGGUUCCGCCAGUUUGCCAAUCAGCAGCCGGCAUGGCGCUGGGGUUCUCGGCACCCGCUCGAGGCACGUGCACACGACUGCGUAGCGCAGUUCCCCGACGACCCAAUGACGCGCCUGCUGGCCCAGGACCACUCCGAUACAUGGACUGUCCAGAUGCUGCUGGACAUGCUGGCCGUCGGCGAGGAGUGCGGGGCAGGCCGGCCGCGCAGCCUACUUCUCAGUGCAACUCGAGGACCUGCCAAAUGGCGGCAGCCCGGAUGCUGA